GUGUGAUUGAUUCUCUGAUCUCUUCCACCCCACUUACAGCUCAACAUUCAAUACACAUUUCUAUUUCUACAGAGAAAAAAAAAAAAUAUAAGAGAGAGAAACCCAACAUUAUACAUUAACUUGGGUUUCUCUCUAACAAGUAAAGAAUCUACCCACUACCCCCUUAAAAACUAAAAGAUUAAAUUUUUCCCACACAUUAUGUUAGUACCUACAUUUUUACACACACCCAAAUUCUUUUAUAGUGUACAAUGUGUAUGUUUGUACAUCAUUUUCACUCAUUCUUUUAAUUAAGGGGUUGUUAUUUCUUGUAAUGUGUGUUCAAGAAUAGUAGAAAGGAGUAAGAUAUUAAAAGGGGUUGUUGUUUCUUGAUGUUUAAUUGGGGUUUUGGGUAUUGUUUUCAUUGUUAGAGGUGUAUUUUGUGGAGUUUAAUGGAUACUAAAGGGAGACUUAUUGCUGGUUCACAUAAUAGAAAUGAGUUUGUUCUUAUCAAUGCUGAUGAAGUUGGAAAAGUUACUUCUGUAAAAGAAUUGAGUGGGCAGAUUUGCCAGAUUUGUGGAGAUGAGAUUGAAAUAACGGUAGAUGGGGAGCCAUUUGUUGCGUGCAACGAAUGUGCAUUUCCUGUUUGUAGAGCUUGCUAUGAGUAUGAAAGGAGAGAGGGGAAUCAAGCUUGCCCUCAAUGCAAAACUAGGUACAAGCGAAUAAAAGGAAGUCCUCGAGUUGAAGGAGACGAUGAAGAAGAUGAAUUUGAUGAUUUGGAUAAUGAGUUUGACCCUCAUCAAACUGCUGAGGCAACCCUUUCGGCUCGGCUUAAUGUUGGCCGAGGGAAUCCCAAUGCCUCUGCUUAUGCGGGAUCAGAGAUGGAUCCUGAUUCCAUUGGCACAGAGAUCCCUCUUCUUACUUUUGGUCAAGAGGAGGAUGGAAUUUCAGCUGACAAGCACGCUCUAAUAAUCCCACCAUUUAUGAGUCGUGGAAAGAGAGUUCAUCCGGUUUCAGAUUCUUCCAUUUCUUUGCCACCUCGCCCCAUGGAUCCUAAGAAAGAUCUCGCGGUUUAUGGGUAUGGUAGUGUUGCAUGGAAGGAAAGAAUGGAGGACUGGAAGAAAAAACAGAACAAAAAAUUACAGAUGGUUAAGCAUGAAGGUGGUUACAAUGAUGGAGAUGAGCUGGAUCCUGAUUUGCCCAAGACGGAUGAAGGCAGACAACCACUUUCAAGAAAGAGGCCUAUUGCCUCUAGCAAGCUAAGCCCAUACAGAUUAAUGAUUUUACUUCGACUUGUAAUUCUUGGGCUCUUUUUCCACUAUAGAAUAAUGCAUCCUGUCCAUAAUGCUUAUGGAUUGUGGCUGACGUCUAUUAUAUGUGAAAUAUGGUUUGCCGUAUCCUGGAUAUUUGAUCAGUUCCCAAAAUGGGUUCCCAUUGAGCGAGAAACAUACCUAGAUAGGCUAUCACUGAGGUAUGAGAAAGAAGGGAAGCCUUCUGAGUUAGCCCAUAUUGACAUUUUUGUUAGUACAGUGGAUCCGUUGAAAGAACCUCCACUUAUUACUGCAAAUACUGUUCUAUCCAUUCUUGCUGUGGAUUAUCCGGUGGACAAGGUUUCAUGCUAUGUCUCUGACGAUGGUGCUGCCAUGCUUACUUUUGAGGCACUCUCCGAAACAUCUGAGUUUGCAAGGAAAUGGGUCCCAUUCUGCAAGAAAUUCCAAAUUGAGCCUCGAGCCCCGGAGUGGUAUUUUGCUCAGAAGGUUGAUUAUUUGAAGAACAAAGUAGAUGCAACAUUUGUGAGGGAACGCCGUGCCAUGAAGAGAGACUAUGAAGAAUUUAAGGUUCGGAUAAAUGGAUUGGUUGCCAUGGCACAAAAGGUUCCCGAGGAUGGUUGGACCAUGCAAGACGGAACUCCUUGGCCAGGAAAUGAUGUCAGGGAUCAUCCAGGAAUGAUUCAGGUCUUUUUGGGUCAUGAUGGUGUCCGUGAUAUUGAAGGGAAGGUACUUCCUCGCCUUAUUUAUGUUUCUCGUGAGAAGAGGCCAGGAUUUGAUCACCACAAAAAGGCUGGUGCCAUGAAUGCUUUGAUGCGGGUGUCAGCAGUCAUCUCAAAUGCUCCUUAUUUACUCAAUGUGGAUUGUGAUCACUAUAUAAAUAACAGUAAGGCACUGCGAGAAGCUAUGUGCUUUAUGAUGGACCCCACUUCAGGAAAGAAAAUAUGCUACGUACAAUUUCCUCAAAGAUUUGAUGGCAUUGAUCGACAUGAUAGAUACUCAAAUCGCAAUGUGGUCUUCUUUGAUAUAAACAUGAAAGGACUUGAUGGGAUCCAGGGUCCAAUUUAUGUGGGAACUGGAUGUGUCUUCAGGAGGCAAGCGCUUUAUGGAUAUGACGCUCCAAAGAAGAAAAAAGCUCCAGGAAAAACGUGCAAUUGUUGGCCGAACUGGUGUUGCUUUUGUUGUAAAUCUCGAAAGAAUCAUAAGAAAGGGAAAACAACCAAGGAUAAAAAGAAGAUAAAAGGCAAGGACACCUCUUCAACUCAGAUUCAUGCUCUUGAGAAUAUUGAGGAAGGAAUUGAAGGAAUAGAUAGUGAUAAAGCUGUCCUCAUGCCCCAAAUAAAACUCGAGAAGAAAUUUGGACAAUCACCAGUAUUUAUUGCUGCGACACUUCUAGAAGAUGGUGGUGUUCCACCAGGAGCAUCGUCAGCAUCUCUCCUGAAAGAAGCCAUCCAUGUUAUUAGUUGUGGUUAUGAAGACAAAACAGAAUGGGGUAAAGAGGUCGGAUGGAUUUAUGGAUCGGUUACUGAGGAUAUAUUAACUGGGUUCAAGAUGCAUUGCCAUGGCUGGAGGUCUGUGUAUUGCAUGCCCAAAAGGCCUGCAUUUAAGGGAUCCGCUCCUAUAAAUCUUUCAGAUCGUUUGCAUCAGGUUCUGCGGUGGGCCUUGGGAUCUGUUGAGAUUUUCUUUAGUAAACAUUGUCCCAUUUGGUAUGGAUAUGGGUGUGGUUUGAAAUCGUUGGAGCGGUUUUCAUACAUAAACUCAAUUGUCUAUCCAUUGACUUCCCUCCCUCUGCUUGCAUAUUGUACAUUGCCAGCAAUCUGUUUGCUUACUGGGGAAUUCAUUGUUCCAGAGCUUAGCAACUAUGCUAGCAUUGUGUUCAUGGCCCUUUUUAUAUCAAUUGCUGCCACUACUAUUUUGGAGAUACGAUGGGGAGGUGUUGGCAUCGAUGACAUGUGGAGAAACGAGCAAUUCUGGGUUAUUGGUGGUGUUUCAUCCCAUUUUUUUGCUCUUCUCCAAGGUCUUCUUAAAGUUUUGGCUGGUGUCAACACAAGCUUUACUGUCACAUCAAAAGCAGCAGAUGAUGGAGAGUUUUCUGAGCUUUACCUCUUCAAGUGGACAUCCUUGUUGAUCCCUCCGAUGACCUUGUUAGUUAUGAACAUCAUAGGAGUUGUUGUCGGAGUUUCAGAUGCAAUCAACAACGGGUAUGAUUCAUGGGGUCCUUUAUUUGGAAGGCUUUUCUUCGCCUUAUGGGUGAUUUUUCAUUUGUACCCCUUCCUCAAAGGAAUGAUGGGGAGACAAAGCAACGUUCCCACUAUCAUUAUUGUGUGGUCUAUCCUUCUGGCUUCUAUCCUUUCGUUAUUGUGGGUUCGAGUCAACCCAUUCAGGUCAAAAGGUGGACUCAUGUUAGAAGUAUGUGGGUUGGACUGCGAGUAAGAACAAGAAAUAGGAGACACAUAAAUGGCUCGCGAGUGUAUAUGAGAACAAAAGUUCAGAUUGGGGGACAAGUUCAAUUCAAUCCCCUAAUAGUGUUGAUUGAUCAUCAAUGAAUAUGAGGAAGAGCUCAUGGUGGUUGUGUAUAGAUUAAAAGGCAGGUAGCGAACACAUUGAUAUUUGUUUUGCAAAGUGUUUCUUGAUUCUUUUUGAUACGUUUUGGGAUUUGUGGCUUUGUCGGGUGGAGUUGCAAUAUUUGUAAUCCCUACAGAACAUAAAAUUAGUUGUCAUAAGUUAUAUCCCCUUCUCAAUAAGGGAUUCCACACGGAAAUGUUUUUGUCAUUAGUCGUUAAGGGACCUUGUUCCACGGUUGCCAUUUGAAAGGAAGUGUAAUUGGAUUCUGGUGUUUUGUUCUAUAACUUGUAUUUUCAUUAUCAUUUUUGGAUGCCUA